AUGUUCCAAAAAGAUCAGAAGGGACUCCCAUUCUUUUCUGACUUUAUUACCCUCAUCACUCAGCAAGGUCCUGAUGUCUGUUCUAUGUGUACUUGUUACACCAAAAAGGAAACUAGCAGGUCGUUUGGCUAUGAUGAAGAAGUUUCUACAUUUUUUGGGGAGUUCUUGGUUGAAGGCACAGGUGGAUCAUCUGUUUUUAGAAGUAUUCAAGCAUCUGGUGGUUUUGAUUCAAAUAGAAGUGAUAAUUUAGCAGCAAAAAAGCAAAAGUUCAUGAAAUGGCCACUUAAUUUAGAUUUAACAUCCGAGGGGGAAGCCUCUGAUAACAUAAAUGUAGUUCUUGGUAAUCUUCUUCAGAAGCAAUCUGAAAACAUCAAGCGCCAUAGAAGAUGGGAAAUUGGCAAGAUAAAGGCUGUCCACUGGACUCGCUAUUUGCUCAGAUACACUGCCAUAGAGAUUUACUUCAACGAUUUAACGGCUCCAAUAUUUUUUAAUUUUGCAUCAAAUAAAGAAGCCAAAGAUGUUGGAAGCUUGAUAGUUUCCACUAAAAAAUAAUAUGUUUCUCCAAAGGGGUACAAAGACAAAUCUGGAGUUAUUUCCUUCAUUGAUAGACGUGUUUCAUUGGAGCAUGCUGAAACUGCAAGAGAAAGUUGGAGGAGAAGAGACAUUACAAACUUUGAAUAUUUAAUGGUUCUCAAUACCCUUUCGGGCAGAUCAUAUAAUGACUUGACUCAAUAUCUUGUGUUUCCUUGGGUAGUGGCAGAUUAUUCAUCUGACACUCUUGAUUUUAGCAAGUCUUCUACUUUUCGUGAUCUUUCAAAGCCUGUUGGAGCACU